AUGGCUGCAAAAAAGAAACUCUGCCUUAGAAAGAAAUCACUUAACUGGAGCUCAGUUAUUCCUGCAAAACUACCUGCGUCUUUGUACCGAAAAUGCGCAAACAAUAUCAAUCGUGAAGAAACAUAUGGAGGACCUAUCUUCCUGCGUUAUUUGGAGAGUUGGAAGGAGGCAGGAGAAAAAAAGAUAAUACUGAGCCAAAUUGUUCCAAUGUAUCUGAAGAUGUUUGAAUCUCUUAAAAUAACUGAAUUGAACAACAGCAUUGACAACAUAAAGGAGGUGCUUCACUACACAAACAACAACUUCUUAAAGCAAAGUGACCAAAAACUGAAGGAGCUAAAUGAACUGAAGAAAAUUCAGAUGACAGAUUCAAAAAUCCGCCACAAAGCAUUGAAAGAGCUGUUCCAAGUACUUCAAGAAAUUAGGUGUGUAAAGAACCCUACAUCCUGUGCAAAGAGCAUAAAAAGGAAAAGAAAUAAUCAGCGUAAAAGAAGAGGCAGCCAGAGCUAA